AUCUGGCAUCGGAUUGGGCCGGACCUGAUUAUGUAUCAAUUUUAACUUCCUCAUCUCAAAGUACAGCCAGAGUGAAAAGGUUUAGGGCAGAUCUGCUGAAGCUGGGGGUGACUUUCCAUAAAUAAUAAUGUACUUCAAACAUCUGGUGUUUUCCAUCCUGUUCGCUUCUGCUGAUGCAUUCACCACUUGUGAACGAGCCACAGAUGUAGAGAUCGGCAAGGAUGUCACCUUCAAGUGUACGUUUGAGUGCGACAAUCCAUGUGUACCGUGGGUGAGGUGGGAGAAGGAUCAAGAUGCCGGAAUCUUGUACGAGUACAAGGAAGAUAAAAGCGAUGUCAGCAAACAACAUGCCAACUACUCGGGAAGAAUUGAAGUCGACACAUCCUCAUUUAAAGAAGGAAAAGCAUUCCUUACAUUGAAGAAUGUCGAAAUCUGGGAUGAGGGAAAGUACAUUGUCAGUGUUAGCACUGACAAUGGAUAUGGACCUGGAUUUGUCCUGCUAUCUGUUUGGGCUGCUGCUGAUCAUGUCCGCGUUAUCAUGAAUUCCGAAAUGGACAUGCUCUCUUGCCAGUCGUCAGGGUGGUAUCCUGCCCCAACGGUGGAGUGGAAGGACAAAUCGGGGAACGAUUUAAACAAACACAGUGAAAUAAUCAUGAGAGAACCCAAUGGCCAUUUCAACGUGACCCACAAUCUGAAAGAAUAUGACAUACAGAAUCAGUACAUCUGCUCAAUGUGGCAUAAGCGGAUGACAAAACAGUUUCGAGUGGUUUUCUCGAAUGGACAUCGCUUAAUCCACGUGGAUAGAAAAAAAUCUUCAGAUUAAAUCAAAAGAUGCAAUGCUGCAAACAACAAGGAAACUCGUGAUAUUUUGUAUUUUCACCUCUGGCUUUUGCUCACCUGUCUGCCAAUCAAACCCAUAUCCCCGCCCCACCUCUUCCCUGUAUCCACUUAUCACUUGCCAGGCUUUAUCUUGCCCACUACUCUCUUCCAGUUUUCUCUAACCCCCUUUCCCCCCCGCACCACAAUCAAUCUGAAGAUCUUGAUUGGUUGACCAUGUGUGCUGAGAAACAGCUUUUAGGAUCAGGUCCUUAAACAGCUUAUGACACCGACUCACUGUCAGUCGGUGUCAGCUUCUAGACACCAACAUUAUAGAACGUGCAGCUUAAUGACACCAUUUUACCCACAAAAUAAAGCGCCGUAGGGGAAAGAAUAAUCAAAUGUGGACAGUUGUGGAGAUAUCUCUGAGCAUUCAUGCGACUACACAGGAUUCUCAGCUGCCAUGUACUGCAUGUCUAGUUUGAAGCUGUUCUCUGCUUUGUGAUAGGAUUAAGAUACAACAGAGCUUAUUUGUAAUCCAAAAGAUGCUUUGCGAGAUGUUGUUCCUGCUGUUGGUGUCUAUUGUAGAUCAUCAUCCUGUAAGAUGUUUAAGGGCCUGACCACCAAAUUUAAUAAAGAAAUGGGUUGCAUGGUGGCACAGCGGUAGAGUUGCUGCCUUACAACGCCAGAGACCCGGGCCCGAUCCUGAUUAUGGGUGCUGGCUAUACGGAGUCUGUACGUUCUCCCUGUGCCCUGUGUGGGUUUUCUCCGGGAGCUCCAAUUUCCUCCCACACUCCAAAGACGUACGGGUUUGUAGACUAAUUGGCUUUGUUAGAAUUGUAAAUUGUCCCUCGUGUAUUGGAUAGUGUUAGUGUACGGGGAUCACUAGUCAGCGCCGAAUUGGUGGGUUGAAGGGCGUGUUUCCGUGCUGUAUCUUUAAACUCAACUAAAUGCUAUUGUUUAAUGUUCAGCCACACUCUCUCACUGCUCUCCCUCAGUGAGUUCCUCCUGCCGUCGAUAACAUAGCCACGUGUGUUUCCUCAGCACCUGCCUUCAAUGCUCAGUUGUUCCACACGGCUUCCAGUUCCAAUUCGAGGCCUCUAGGUUUCUGGGCCAUCCUGGGUCCAAAGUACCUGGACCCUACUCACCACUACUUGCUACACACCCCAUCCAUGCUCCGAGUUCUACACUCUAUGCCAUGUGCUGGCACCAGUCGUCUCUCACUUGCCCUCACCUGCAGCUCCAUUCCUCACUUAGACAUGGACCUUAAAUAAGAUCCACGUCAUCCUCUGCCUGAACCUCCUCCUCACAGUGAUGCAGUGGCAGGGUGGCUGCUUACAGUGCAAGAGACCCGAGUUUUAUCCUGACUGUGUGGAGUUUGCACAUUCUCCCUGUGACCAUGUGUUAUUCCUUUGUUAUCCAAAUUCCCCCACAUCCCAAAGACAUGCAGGUUUGUAGGUUAAUCGGCCCAUAUAGGAUGCAAAAAUGAGAUAAUGUUGAAUUAAUGUACAGGUGAUCAAUGGUCGUCAUGGACUCGGUGGGCCGAAGGGCCUGUUCUAUGCUGUCUCUUUGAAACUUAAAAAUAUUAACUCCCGGUUUUUAUGUAGGCAAGUUUGGUUUCCAAUAUAUCACGGACAUUCUCUCGAUGCCGAUCAUCGAUCACCCGUUCACACUAGUUCACUUUCUUAUCCACUCCCUACACACUUGGAGCAUCUUUACACCCAAUUAACCUACAAACCCACACAUCUUUGGAAUGUGGUAGGAAACCGGAGCACCCGGAGCAAACCCAAUUGCAAACUCCACACACAGACAACACCUGAGGUCAGGAUCGAACCCGGGUCUCUGGCGCUGUGAAGGAACAGCUCCACCCGCUGGAAGCCCACUAUUAUAAAAAUGUUUAUUUUCUUAUUUUUCUCGUUCUGAAACCUUGACAGGUGUCCACUCUGUUUCUCUUCCCACUGAUAAUAUUUUCUGCUUUGUUUUGGAUUUCCAGUAUCUGCAGUAUUCAUUGCAGUAUAUUAAUUGUGCUAAUUGAUAUGUUUAAUCGUAUAUAAUUUUAAUGCACAGUCUUUCCCAAGGUUAAUCAGAGAGCACAGGUUUAAGGCGAGAGGGGAAAGAUUUAAUGGGUACCUGAAGGACAACUUUUUCACACAGAUGGUGGUAGGCCUAUGGAACGAGCUGCCAGUAGAGGUCUUUAAGGCAGGUUCAAUAACAACAUUUAAAAUACAUCUGGACAGAUACAUGGAUAAAAUAAAAGUACUACCUUCAGAAAGGAGAUGAGGAUAUAAAACUAUGUACAUUCAGAGGGUGGUGAAUCUGGCAUUCAUUUCACAGACCAAGUAGAGGCCAAGUCUUUAGGUAUUUCUGACAGGUUCUCAAUUAGUAAGGUUAUAGAAACUUACAAAAUUCUUAAAGGGCUGGACAGGCUAGAUGCAGGAAGAUUAUUCCCGAUGUUGGGGAAGUCCAGAACAAGGGGUCACAGUUGAAGGAUAAGAGGGAAGUCUUUUAGGACCGAGAUGAGAAAAUCAUUUUUUACACAGAGUGGUGAAUCUGGAAUUAUCUGCCACAGAAAGUAGUUGAGGUCAGUUCAUUGGCUAGAUUUAAGAGGGAGUUAGAUAUGGCCCUUGUGGCUAAAGGGAUCAGGGGGUAUGGAGAGAAGGCAGGUAUGGGAUAUUGAUUUGGAUGAUCAGCCAUGAUCAUAUUGAAUGGCGGUGCAGGCUCGAGAAGGCAGGAAAAUGGGGUUGAGAGGGAACGAUAGAUCAGCCACGUUGAAUGACAGAGUAGACUCAAUGGACCAAAUGGCCUAAUUCUGCUCCGACAACAUGAUCUUAUGAUAGGAAAGUUAUGGAGGGAUUUGGGCGAAACACAGGCAGUAAAUUGGGGCAUGCUUGGUUGGCAUGGGCAAGUUGGGCUGAAUGGCCUGAUUCCAAGGAUUCUGACGUACAUAACAGAACGUUGGUUGUACAUUAGAUCCACAAAUGAGUGAUAUAUGAUGCUGCAGAAUUCAACAGAUUGGGCAAAGUACUAACUCGUUUAAUGCAGGUAAAUCGAUCCAUAACCAUAUGCAAUCAAGGACAAUGCUUGGGAUUAAAGGAUUUAGAAUUCACACAAUCUCAUAAAUCAGACUAGAAAGGGAGAUGAGUUGGACGUUCUUGAAUAUUGUUUGAAGUGAGGCCUUUGAAUAAGUUUAUCUCAGUGAAAUAGUGGACUUUUGAAAUGUAUAUUAAUCAUUAGCAUCAGCAUUUAAUGUUUUUUGUGAAUUGCAGUAUAAUGAAUGUUAAUGAAAAGCUAGCAAUCAUAUAAGUAGAGUUAAACACAAUGCUGGAGUAACUUAGCAGGUCAGGCACAUUCUCUAGAAAAUGGAUAGCUGCAUUUCAGGUUGGGGUACUUCUUCAGACAGGGUCUAAAGAAGGUUUCCUACCCGAAAUGUCACCUAUCCUUUUUCUACGGAGAAUUUGCUUGACCUGCUGAGUUACUUGAGCAUUGUGUGUCUUAUCUUUGGUAUAAACCAGCUGCUGCAGUUUCUUGUUAUUAUAACCAUAUAAGCAACUGGUUUAGAAGCAUGGUCUUGGCUGUUGAAAUGUUAUAAAUUAAACUUUAGACGUAAUGCACACUUGAUCAAGGACAGGACAGAUCCAACAGUUGAGUGUUGGUUGGUGAAGAUGGUGCAGUCAACAUAAGGAUGUUAAUUUGUUGGAGCCUGGAAAAGCUGGAUCAUGGCUGAGAUGAAGAUGAAGGGAGAGGGAGGUAAAUCACCAGAUUUGUGCAAGGUGAAGACCAGAUUGCAAUGAGGUAUCUGGGGCUUUCAACCUUGACCUUGUGGGAACUGCAGUAUGACAAAGGGUAAGGUAACGUGCAUCCAGCUACAGUUUUGAAAUUUGAAUAUGUUUUAGUUCUUAGUUAAAUAGUUGUUUUUAGAAACAUUAAUAAUUAGUGCUGGAUUUUAAUGUUUUGUAAAUUGCAAUGUCAUGCGUUUUAAACUAGAAAUCCUAUGUAACUGGUUUUGAUGCAUGUUGUGUGCUGUUGAUUUUUUUCAAUAUUCUGAUAUUUCAUGAAUGUUUUAGGAAUAUUUCAAUCUUGACCUUGUGGAAACUGCCGUAUGAGAAAGAUUAAGGUAGCAUGCAACCAGCUACAGGUGUACAGCUAAAGAUCCUUGAGCAUAGCCUGUGAUGCACAGGCUGUGAUAGCUGUACAGCACAAGGUCCUGGAGAGUUGUUCUUUGGACAUUCAACUGGCUCCAACCAUACAGUGCAAGGUCGAAGAGAGUUAUCUUACUGAUUAAAUGCAAAUAGAGGAUUUAAAUGCAUGCAGUUUUUAAUUUGAUAUUAGUGCUUUUAUGAACGUAUUGUGAUUGUUGAUAAGAAUUUGGAGAGUGUGCAAGAUUUCAAUCGGUCAGAAUGUAUAUAAAAGUCGACACUUCCAAACAGAAUUUCAGAGUAGUGCGGUAACUGGGACUGUAUUGCUCUUCUCUUGCACACGUUAAUAAAGAGUGUUUGGGAAACAAA